GUCUCCCAGAUGCUCAAAGCUCUAUGAGCACCCCAGCAAUGUAGUUCAUCGCAGAUGAUACACACUGAUACCUAAAUGCGGUAUGGUUUCUAGGCACUGAAGGAAAAAAACCAAGAUGAACACAGAACCUGGGAGGAAGUUUGGCGUGGUGGUGGUUGGUGUUGGCCGAGCCGGCUCCGUGAGGAUAAGGGAUUUGCGGAAUCCACAUGCUUCCUCAGCGUUCCUGAACCUGAUUGGCUUCGUGUCCAGACGAGAGCUUGGAAGUGUUGAUGAAGUCCAGCAGAUUUCUUUGGAAAAUGCUCUUUCCAGCCAAGAGAUUGAUGUUGCCUACAUCUGCAGUGAGAGUUCCAGCCAUGAGGACUAUAUCAGGCAAUUUCUUCAUGCUGGCAAGCAUGUCCUGGUUGAAUACCCCAUGACGCUAUCUUUGGCAGCAGCUGAGGAACUGUGGGAGCUGGCUGAAGAGAAAGGAAAAGUCUUACAUGAGGAGCAUGUGGAACUCUUGAUGGAGGAAUUUACAUUCCUGAAAAAAGAAGUGGUGGGAAAAGAACUGCUGAAAGGGUCUCUUCUCUUUACAGGUAAAGAAACAGAAGCACAAAGAGCGGGCCCUUUGGAAGAAGAGCACUUUGGCUUCCCUGCAUUUAGUGGCAUCUCUCGUCUGACCUGGCUGGUUUCCCUCUUUGGUGAGCUUUCUCUGGUGUCUGCCACUCUGGAAGAGAAAAAGGAAGAUCAAUAUAUGAAAAUGACUGUGCAUCUGGAGACCAAGAACAAAUGUCCACUGUCCUGGAUUGAGGAGAAAGGGCCUGGAUUGAAACGAAACAGAUAUUUAAGCUUCCAUUUCAAAUCUGGGUCCCUGGAGAAUGUGCCAAAUGUAGGAGUCAAUAAGAACAUUUUCCUGAAAGAUCAAAAUAUAUUUGUCCAGAAGCUCUUGGGCCAGGUUCCUGAGAAGGAACUUGCUGCUGAAAGGAAACGCAUUCUGCACUGCUUGGCACUUGCAGAAGAGAUCCAGAAGCACUGCCGCCCAACAAAAUAGGAGGGAGCAGUGGGUGCCUCCAGCAUUGAACCAAAGUUUGGUUUUAUCAGCAGUUCACCUUUAACUCUAUUCUUACAAUUAAACAUGUUGGAGAAACAGGAUAAGCGUAUUGUUACCACUGUGUUGGGGGUAGUAUUUGGGAAUGAGGGCCUUGCAGUGAAGACAAAGAACGGACUUGCCUUGAUGGAACUGAACUAAAUGUGCCUUAUUCCACUUGUUCUUUCCAACAGCCCUGUGAGAUGAGUAUGGGUAGUCUGUUUUCAUUUGUAUAGUGGGAAAGCUUGUUUGAAGUUAUCCUGGUAAUAAAUGACACAGUGGGCUUAAAGAACUGCUACUAAAUCCUGCCUUGAAUUCUCUUGCCUAUUUUAGGGAACUUUCUUGGUGCUCACCAACAUUCACUGGCUCACUCUACUGGGUUCUGGGAAUUCUAAAAAUAAAUAAAAAGUAGCCACUGUUCUCAGUUACCAACAGUGUCAAACCCCACACAAACUGGUCAUUACCAUAGUAGAAUCCAUAAAUAGACUUACACUGAUCAUUAAGUGUUUCAAGACUUGCAAAAC